CGUGCCCUGGAUUUGAUCAGUGGGGCGAGUCGUGCCUUGGUCUUCAUCUGGCAGCCGAUGCAUUCAUCGAGCCAAUGCCCCCUGUCCUUGUUAAAGAAGCACUUCACUUCAUGCUUCAGUAUGAUGAUGAUGAUAGUGUAGCAAUUCUCAAGUAUGACUUGAGCUCUAAUUCCUUAUCGCUCAUUGAUGCGCCAAUUAUGGGGUCUGAUGUUGCUGGUGCCACCAUACUCAUGGCGAUGUCAGAUGGCAGUUUAGGGUAUGCACUUGUGGAUGGGUUAAUGCUCUACCUAUGGUCAAGACAGAUGGAUUCCGGCAGAGUUGCGCCAUGGAGUCCAUGUACAAAUAUCAAUCUUGGGAAGCUUCUCCCCAUCCAAAAUCACAAGAAAAGACUUAGACUGGUUGGAUCCGUGGAAGCCAGUGAUAUCGUUUUCGUGACCACAGACCUGGGCAUCUACGAAAUUAAUGUCAAGUCGCGGCAGUGGAAGAGGCUAUGGAAGAACGAGAAAUUUUGUGCUUUGAUUCCGUUCAUGAGUUUUUACAAUCCACAUGAAAUGGUGAUUCUCAGUCAAACGGCACACUCACAAGGUAUGGUUAAAUAAGCUUAAUGGCAGGAGGCCACUCUCAUCAACAAGAAAGAUCACAAGCUUGGAGGCGGUGGACAUGGGUCUUAUGAUGAAUUAUGUCACUAUUCGGUAGCACUUUUGGUGCAGUGGUGCUUGCUGAAUUCCUGAUAUUGUUCUUGGCUAAGCUUGAUAGUUUCUCCAUGUCGUUGGCGUGCGUUAGUGGAUGAAUGGAUAAUCUUGUAAUGAACCUAGCUCCA